CCUCCUUGGUUUAUUCGGAUACGAAUAGAUCUAUUCUAGGAUAGAUUCUAUUUUAGCCUAUCCUCCUUGGAAUAAACCGCAUCGUGCAACUAAUCAACACCGACUCUAGUGUAGUAACUAAUGCGAGUAAAGAAAUGAAUUUGGAAGUACCGAAUCGGUACUUCGAGCUAAUCGAUGUACCCGUUACUCAGUACGGUUUUCGUUGUUUCGGUAUGUAUAUUAUGAAGUUGUCUGCUUUUGCAGCAAAAUGCUUCGUAAGUUAUGUACCGUGAAACUGAAUACUAUGUAGCAGUUUCAAAUAAGGAAGUUCUUAAUGAAUGCUGGUUAACAAUUCUAAAAAAUUCGAAAUUUAAUCAUAUUGUGGCGUAUAUGACUUCUGACUCAUGAAAUAAGCAUGGUGUCAAAUAAUCGGGGACGAAAUUAUGGCUAGAUCUUUCUACAGCAGAGAAAGUACCUUAACGCAUCGUAUAUCGCAUCCCUUUCUACUCUUGAAGGUUUCCGGCAAGUUUUAAUCUCUGUGUGUGCCGAAGCGGCAGUGAAUGAACAAAGUUUUUUCAAAGCUAAUAUCACGUUUCUUUGUUUUGAAACAGUGAACGAACAGUUUUUUUUACAAACUAAUAUGAAGUUUCUUUUUUUCUGUACAGCAAAAUAUUUUGCAUAUUGUGUGCAGUGAAAUACGGAAUCUGUUCAGCAGGUUUAAAUAAGUAACUUCUUCAAUCAAAUAAGUGGUAAUUAACAACUGAAGAAAAAUAAAAUUUCAUACAGUUGGUGAAGUAGCAUGUGUAAUUUGAUUGCAUAAAUUCAUAAUUAAAGUCUUAUGAGUGAUAGAACGAGAAUUAAUAUUUAUGCAAAAUAGAAACAUUUUUUAUGAUGUAUUCCCAAACAUCCUGUUGUGAAGUAUAUCACAUUCUAAGUAUGUGUUGUGUAUAAUAUGUACUGUUAUAUUUUUAACCCUGUGCAUUUGGGCAAGAUAAUUAAAAUUACCGUGAAGCAUCCAGCAACUACUUCAUUUAAAAUAAAUGUGUGCAAAACACAAAGCGACAUAGUAAGGUGUGUAGCGACUUAUAUGAUAUCAAAGUUGUCAGAUUAUAUUUGUCUAUAUAAAGAAGUAAUUUCACUUCUAAAAGAUAUAUUAAAUGUCAUGCACAGAAAAAAAUUUCUUUAAUAAACUUGUACCUUCCAUCUCAACAGAAAGUUCUAUUGUAUGAGAGGUAAGUAACAAGUCAAUUAGAAGGGUGGAUUAAAUGAGCUUAUGCUCGUUCACAUAGGACAGAAUCCUCAUUUGUGCGAGGUAUGUAAGAAGGUGGUUAUGCUAAAGCCUAAGUUAAACCAGCAUAUAUGGUUGUUCACGCAGCAGAGAAACGUUUUGUGAGUGAAGUAUGUAAUAAGUCAUUUAGACUAAACUGUCAUAUAAGCAAGUAUAUGCAUAUUCACAUGGGAAAAAAACCUCACGUGUGUGAGGUAUGUAUAAAGUCAUGUAUGCAGAAGUUUGAGUUGAAAAACCAUAUGCUUAUUCACGCAGGAGAUAAACUUCAUGGGUGUGAGGUAUGUAAUAAGUCAUUUGGAACAAAGAGUGUUUUAAAUAAGCACAUGCUUGUUCAUACUGGAGAGAAACCUCAUAUGUGUGAGGUGUGUAACAAAUCAUUUAGGCAAAAGAUUCAUUUAAAACGUCAUAUAUUUAUUCAUAGACAAGAAAAACCUCAUGUGUGUGGGGUAUGUAACAUGUCAUUUUCUGAAAUGUUUAUGUUAAAUAAACAUGUGCUUAUUCAUACUGGAGAGAAACCUCAUGUGUGUGAGGUAUGUAACAAAUCAUUUAGACAUAAGUUUCAGUUAAAAGAACAUAUGCUUAUUCACACAGGAGAGAAACCUUAUGUAUGUAAGGUGUGUAAUGAAUCAUUUAGACUGAAAGAUCGCUUAAAAUGUCAUUUACUUAUUCAUGAAGGAAAGAAACCUCAUGUCUGUGAGUUAUGUAAUAAGUCAUUCAGAGAAAAGCGUACUUUAUACAAGCAUAUAUUUAUUCACACACAACAGAAACUUCAUGUGUGUGAGGUAUGUCAUAAGUCAUUUAGACUAAAAUAUCAAUUAAACAGACAUAUAUGCAUUCACACAGGAGAAAAACCUCAUGCAUGUGAGGUGUGCAACAAGUCAUUUAGAUCUAAGUAUCAUUUAAACAGGCAUCUACUUGUUCACACAGGAGAGAAACCUCAUGUGUGUGAGGUAUGUAGCAUGUCAUUUUCUCAAAAGUUUACGUUAAAUGAACAUAUGCGUGUUCAUACAGGAGAAAAACCUCAUGUGUGUGAGGUAUGUAACAAAUCAUUUAAAUAUAAGUGUCAUUUAAAACAACAUAUGCUUAUUCACACAGGUGAGAAACCUCAUGUAUGUGAGGUAUGUAAUGAAUCAUUUAGGCUAAAGGAUGGUUUAAAAAACCAUAUACUUAUUCACAAAGGAAUAAAACCUCAUGUCUGUGAAUUAUGUAAUAAGUCAUUCAGAGGAAAGUGUACCUUAUAUAGGCAUAUACUUAUUCACACAGGACAGAAACCUCAUGUGUGUGAGGUGUGCCAGAAAUCAUUUAGAUUAAAGUGUGAUCUAAACAGGCAUCUACGUAUUCAUACUGGAGUGAAACCUCAUGUGUGCGAGGUAUGCAACGCUUCAUUUGCUCAAAAGUGUGGUCUAAAUGACCAUAUGCUGAUUCAUGCAGGAGAGAUAUCUCAUGUGAUAAAUAUGUAAGAAGUCAUGUAGACUAAAGGGUGAAUUAAACAGGCAUUUACUUAAUGACACAGCAGAGAAACCUCAUGUGUGUGAAUAACAUUUCAUUUGCUCAAUAGUGUGGGUUAAUUAACCAUAUGCUCAUUGAUGUAGGAGAGAAGCCUCAUGUAUGUGAAAUAUGCAAGACGUCAUUUGUUGGAUAAUGUAGGUUAAGUGAUCUCAUUCUCAUUCAUGGAAUAGUGUAUAUGUGAUGGAGAAGUGUAUAUUCAUAUUUGAGAUAUGUUUAAUAAGUCAUUUAGGCAGAAGUUUCAAUUAAAACGCAUAUGCUUGUAUACAAAUGAGGAACUUCAUGCGUGUAAAGUAUGUAAUAAAUCAUUUGGAGGGGAAAAAAUGAAUUAAAUAAGAGCAUGCUGAUACUGAGGAGAAACCUUAUGUGUGACGUAUGUAAUGAGUCAUUAUGAGUAAGGUGUGAUUUAAACAGCCAUACACAUGUUCAUAGGGAAGACAAAUCAUUUAGAGAGAACUGUUCUUUAAACAAGCAUAUGCUUAUUAACAAGGGAAAGGAACUCCAUGAGUUACAUGUAUAACAAAUGACUUGUGGUUUAAGAAAUGAGAUACAUCUACAAAUAAUAGAAGCUUAUUGUCUUCUGUGUAAAAGUUAAUUAGAAUCUUUUCUUAAUUGUGUAGUUAGGGCUUGUUCAUGCAACAAAGAAAUUUCAUUAUAUGAAGGGUGUGCAACUUGUUGUUUCAUCUAUAUUCGUAGUUAAAUAUUUAUUUAUUUUCAUGAGAGAAAUGCCUUAUGUUUGUAAGGUAAAUUAUUCUGAAGUAUUACUGACUUAAAACAAUAUUUGUUAUUUUACUAGUAAUGAAGGGUUUGAAGCAGCAUAUUCCUAGACUGAAAGUUGUAGAAAUAUGCUGCUUUUAACAUUUAAUUCAGACUAUUUAAUUCAACUCAUUUCUUUUAUUCAGGCUUGGUUAAUCUUUAUGGCUAUCACAUACCUCCCAUUUGUAAAAUUUCUUGUUAAUUGUUUGAAAGAUUGAAAAUUUUCAUUGAAAAAAGUGUCAGUCAUAUAUCACACUGAAAUAUGCUUUUCACAACAUUUUUGUAGAAAGCACAAAGCUGUGAAAUAUAUUUUGUGAUAUCUUUAGUACUGUAGGAUGUUAUUUUUUGGUACUCUUCUAUAUGCACAUAUAUGUGGAUGUACUGUGUAUUCCAGCUUGAAGCAUGCGUUUUUGAUACAAAAAAUUAGAUCCAAAUAUAUAGGUGUGUUAUAUGCCAUAUACAGUCAAAAGUCGUUAAUCCGGACUCGUCGGGACUUCGGCGAUUCCGGAUUAUUGUUUUUUCCGGAUUAUAGAUCAUCAGUUUAAAUCUAGUAAGAUGGCGUGAAGAA